UUUUAGAGCCCCGUUAUCGGUUACAUUCAUUAUUGAAAACAGCAACUCAUUUUCUGCUUCUCUUAUUAUAGAUCGCAAACCCGUUCGCAGACAAUCUCAGUCACAACAAUCAUCGCUUGCCAGAGCGGCGAUGAGCAACCAGCGGAUAGUUUCCGGUUCAGCAAUUCCUCGAUCAAUCCCGACGCCGCCAGAGCAAGCCAUUGCAAACAACUCGGAACCUGACACGACGAGUUUCGACGCCAACCUGGCUACUGCUACUAUCUCCCGUGAUGGCGCAUCGGCAACACCACCUACGCCCAUUUCUCUAAAUGGUGACAACUUAGCUAUAUCCCAUCAUAGCACUCCGAGCCAUCAUGGCCUUGCGCCGCCUACGCUCAACAACCUUCCACAUGUUAGUCUUGGUCCAGUGGCGCAUCCCCAUGCGCAUCCCUCCUCCUUGGCUACCGCGCUCAGGGCCCUGAACGAUGGGCCUGGAGGAGCUGCCUUCCGCGAUUUUCCCACGCCAUCAUCUAACGAUUCUCCAUACACGAAGAGUAUAUCGUCUACUGCUCCAGCUUCGCCUAGAAUUCCCCCCGUGAGACAAAACUCCGGUUCCCAGACCCCUCGAGUUCGACCUCAUGCUACAACACUCAGUAUUCCUGGAAUGACACGAUCGCUCAUCUCUCCCGACGGAAAGAUAGCUGACAGAGAUGUGGCCGCAAAACUUGUCAUCAUCAUGGUUGGCCUCCCGGCCAGGGGCAAAUCUUACAUUACCAAGAAACUUCGAAGGUAUCUUGCCUGGCAGCAACAUAAUACUCGGAUAUUCAACGUGGGUAAACGACGACGUGGUGCCGCCGUGACCUCGCCAACCCUGCAUCGAAGGGAGGAUUCCAUGGACAUCCCACCUCAGGCGGCUACCAUCUUGGUGAAUGGUGCUCAACCACCCGAGUCUCCCGUUCGAAAGAAGUCGUCUCCCUACGACCAAGAUGGCCCUGCUCCGAAACCGAUGGAUCAAUCCGCCAAAUUCUUCGACCCCAACAACGAGCAAGCGUCCAGACUGAGAGAGGAGAUCGCCAUCGAUACUUUGAACGAGCUGCUUGAUUACUUGAUCAGCGGCGGAGGCUCCGUUGGCAUUCUCGAUGCCACCAACAGCACACUCCAUCGACGACAGAAUCUUUUUAACCACAUCAAAGCCAGGGAGCCCAAGCUAGGUAUUCUGUUCAUCGAGAGCGUUUGCAAGAACCCCAAUCUCCUAGAAGCGAAUAUGCGCCUUAAGCUUUCCGGUCCUGACUAUAAGGACAAAGAUCCCGUCAAGUCAUUGGCAGAUUUCAAGGAGCGUGUCAAGGCAUACGAAAGUGCCUAUGUGCCUCUAGGUGACUUCGAGGAGGACCACGAGAUGCAAUAUAUCAAGAUGACGGACGUUGGCAAGAAGCUUACCCACUUCGGAUUAGGGGGCUUCCUGAGCAGCGGUAUCGCUCACUACCUAUCCUCGUUUAACCUGUCCCCGAGACAGAUCUGGCUCACCCGGCAUGGCCAAUCCGCGGAUAACCAGCUUGGCAAGAUCGGAGGCAACUCGGAACUAACCGAUCGUGGCCAUCAGUAUAGUGUAGUCCUAUACAAAUUCAUCACCCAGAAGCGCAUGGAGUGGUUGGUAGAGCAGAAGGACAAGGUUGCGCAAUCCUCAUUCCCUCCUCUACCCGGAGACCAGUCGCCUCCUUAUCCCGACUUAAGCCGGGAGCUCGACGAGAAGAACUUCUGCGUCUGGACAUCGAUGCUGAUGCGCAGUAUACAAACUGCCCAGCACUUCGAAGCAGACGAAGACUACGACGUCAAGAACUGGGAAAUGCUCAACGAGCUCAACGCAGGCAAAUUCGAGGGCUUGACUUACGAGGACAUUGCUCGCACUCAUAACGACGAGUAUAGGAAGCGUAAGAUGGACAAGCUCCAUUACGUCUACCCUGGGGUUGGUGGCGAGGGUUACCUCCAGGUUAUUAGUCGUCUUCGCGAUAUGGUACGAGAGAUCGAACGAAUCAAGGAUCACGUGAUGAUCAUCGGGCAUCGUUCGAUCUGCCGUGUCCUGAUGGCUUACUUCAUGGACCUUACCCGAGAUGACAUCGCGGACUUGGACAUGCCUCUUGGCAUGUUGUACGCCAUAGAGCCCAAGCCGUACGGCAUCGAGUUCCACGCGUACAAGUACGACGAGGAAAAGGAAUGGUUCAACGAGGUUCCCGGUUACAAGCCUACGAGGACGGUCGACCGUAGUGCCUAAAGGGCACUUCGUUUCCGCUAAUCAGAUACCCAUGGAAACAAACGACGCACAAACUUCCACUCACUCACUAACACCUACUCUGCAUUGUACAAUAGAUAUUUUCUCAUUCAUCAUCCAGGCGAAGGCGGCAAUGAUACCAUGAGAAACGGCGGGCAUUUUGUCUUCGGGGUGAAUCAAUUUCUUUCACAUUCCCUUUGUGUUUUUCUCUCCCCUUCGCCUUCUUUCCUUACCGAGACAGACUUUCUCGCGAGAAACGGCAUAGGUUUGCAUGUCCUAGGAGUUGGGUUUUCGGGGUUCGACUAAGGAACGGCAGGCAACGGGGUUCAACGGGUUCACGGACGGUUCAUAGGGAACUAUCUAGCCGUGGUAUAAAAAGAAGAAAGGGACUCUUCCUCGCGGAGGUCGCACGCGGUUUUUCUUUUUUUACUUGCUCUUGCUCUUACUUACACUCAUAGAUCUGAGUAAAGGGGCUGUGGCGAGCCAGGCGAGGCGAAUCGCAUAUUUUCACGGCGCGGCGCGAUGGCUCGGCUCGUUAAGUGUGGCUAGUGUAGCACCUGAUAGACCUUGAAUCGGUUUAAGGGCUCGUUAAUAUACAGAUCUCACUUAAAA